GAGUUUAUAAGCCGUUCUUUCACGUCCACUUUAUCACAAUAACAUUAAGCAAUUACUGCAUUGCCAGUGUUUACAUUUUUUUGACCCAAGAUAAAAGUUUAUCUAUUUCAAGUCGGUUAAGUCAAAUUAUACGCGAGGAUACGUAGUGUACAGUUAUUUUUCUUCGGCGCAACAUUAACCUAAAAGAUGGAAGUUUGCGUUCUUAAUAAACACGAACAGGAGGAGUACGAUAUAAAGUUUUAUAAAGAAAUGGGAAGUAAUUUGCCCGUGAUUAAUAAUUUGGACGAUUUGAUAAGGGAAUUGAGACAAAUUUUUAGCAGUGACAAGGUUAAUAUCGAUUUAGUACAUUACGUCAUGAAAUCGUACAAAUCGACACCGUCUGAUUGGAAGAAAUUCGCUAAAUUUGAUAGAUUCAGAUAUACGAGGAACUUGGUUGACCACGGUAACGGGAAAUAUAAUCUAAUGACGCUCUGUUGGGGCGAAGGACAUGGUUCCGCUAUCCACGAUCACGCCAAUUCUCAUUGUUUUAUGAAAAUACUUCAAGGGUCAUUAGAAGAGAUCAGGUUCGAAUGGCCGAAGGGAAAAGAUGAACAGAUGAAGGAGAUCAGUAGGAAGCAGUUACGACUUAACGACGUGGCGUAUAUAAACGAUUCGUUAGGAUUACAUCGAGUAGAAAACGCGUCGAGCUUCGACACAGCUAUAAGUUUACAUUUAUAUUGUCCCCCGUAUAACAAAUGUACAGUUUUUAAUCAAAGUACUGGACAUACAUCGACGGCUUCCGUUACAUUUUAUUCCACUUUCGGAAAACGUAACAAAGAAAGCAAGGAAAUUAUUGAACCCGAGGAUAAUUGAGCAUAUUAAACAGCGGGGAGUCGUAUUCGACAUCGUAGUAAUAUUUUUAAUUUGUUUUGUACUGUUUUUCUGAAUAAAAUAUUCACUUUUAAAA